AAAUUAGACCUCAGCAUUGGCCUUAACAAGGGUCACCCGACAACACCGAUCCCUAAAACUGUGCGCCCUUCGCAACGCAAGGGCAUUCAAUCGACGAAGACCAAAUUUGUGAGGUCCGUCAUCAGGGAGGUUGCUGGUUUCUCUGCAUACGAGAGGAGAGUGAUGGAGCUGCUCAGGAACUCAAAAGACAAAAAAGCUCGCAAGCUUACAAAGAAGAGACUGGGUACCCUCUUGCGCUCGAAGCGCAAACUCGAAGAGCUUGGAAACGUCAUUCAGGAAUCGAGAAGGGCAGCUCACUAG